AGCGCAUGCGCCUUGGGAAGGAGCGUGUAGCCCUGACGGCUCUGGGCGGGUCUGGGCUGCUCCAGUGUUUUGGGGCCCAGGAGCUGUGGGAGGAGCCGGCGGCCUCACCGUGGUAACCGCAGCGCCGCCGCCGCCCCGCCUUGCAGGCCUCCGGACUGUCACCGCCUUGGCUUUGAGGGGACUUUGGCCAGGUCCCCGGAAGUAGUCCCCCCAGACUCUCAGGCACCCCCAUCCUCCCCACGCCGCUGCCGCCGCCGCCAUGCAAGGCGAGGACGCCAGAUACCUCAAAAGGAAAGUUAAAGGGGGGAAUAUUGAUGUACAUCCAUCGGAAAAAGCUCUCAUUGUUCAGUAUGAAGUGGAAGCUACCAUUCUUGGAGAAAUGGGGGAUCCCAUGUUGGGAGAACGAAAGGAAUGCCAAAAAAUCAUUCGUCUGAAGAGUCUCAAUGCUAACACAGACAUAACCUCUCUGGCCCGGAAGGUGAUUGAAGAAUGUAAACUCAUUCAUCCUUCAAAGCUAAAUGAGGUAGAACAGCUUUUGUACUAUCUACAAAACCGCCGUGAUUCAUUGUCAGGAAAAGAAAAAAAAGAAAAAUCAAGCAAGCCUAAAGAUCCACCUCCUUUUGAAGGGAUGGAGAUUGACGAGGUGGCCAACAUCAAUGACAUGGACGAGUACAUUGAGCUGUUGUAUGAAGAUAUUCCAGACAAGGUUCGGGGUUCUGCCUUGAUCCUGCAGCUGGCUCGAAAUCCCGAUAACUUGGAAGAGCUACUGCUAAACGAAACUGCCCUGGGUGCACUAGCGAGAGUCCUGAGAGAAGACUGGAAACAAAGUGUUGAGUUAGCUACAAACAUCAUUUAUAUCUUCUUUUGCUUUUCUAGCUUUUCUCAUUUUCAUGGACUCAUCACUCAUUAUAAAAUCGGAGCACUGUGUAUGAAUAUCAUUGAUCAUGAGUUAAAAAGACAUGAGCUUUGGCAAGAAGAACUUUCUAAGAAGAAGAAAGCUGUUGAUGAAGACCUUGAAAAUCAAACCUUGAGAAAGGAUUAUGACAAAACCUUUAAAAAGUACCAGGGACUUGUGGUAAAACAAGAACAGCUGUUGAGAGUUGCUCUCUAUUUGCUUCUGAAUCUUGCUGAGGACACCCGUACAGAACUGAAGAUGAGGAACAAGAAUAUAGUUCACAUGUUGGUGAAGGCUCUUGAUCGCGACAAUUUUGAGCUACUCAUUCUCGUUGUGUCAUUCUUGAAGAAACUCAGCAUUUUUAUGGAGAAUAAAAAUGACAUGGUAGAAAUGGAUAUUGUUGAAAAGCUGGUAAAAAUGAUACCCUGUGAACAUGAAGAUCUCUUGAAUAUCACCCUCCGGCUUUUAUUAAACCUCUCAUUUGACACAGGCCUGAGGAACAAGAUGGUACAAGUUGGGCUCCUCCCAAAGCUCACCGCACUCCUUGGGAAUGAAAACUACAAACAAAUAGCAAUGUGUGUGCUUUAUCAUAUAAGUAUGGAUGACCGCUUUAAAUCAAUGUUUGCAUAUACUGACUGCAUACCACAGUUAAUGAAGAUGCUCUUUGAAUGUUCAGAUGAACGAAUUGACUUAGAGUUGAUUUCUUUUUGCAUUAAUCUUGCUGCUAACAAGAGAAACGUUCAGCUCAUCUGUGAAGGAAAUGGGCUGAAGAUGCUCAUGAAAAGAGCUCUGAAGCUCAAGGAUCCACUGCUGAUGAAGAUGAUCAGAAACAUCUCCCAGCACGAUGGACCCACUAAGAAUUUGUUCAUUGAUUAUGUUGGGGACCUCGCAGCCCAGAUCUCCAGUGAUGAAGAGGAGGAGUUCGUAAUUGAGUGUUUGGGAACUCUGGCAAAUCUGACAAUCCCAGAUCUAGACUGGGAGCUAGUUCUGAAGGAGUACAAGCUGGUUCCGUUCCUCAAAGAUAAGCUAAAGCCAGGUGCUGCGGAGGACGACCUUGUUCUGGAAGUGGUGAUAAUGAUCGGGACCGUAUCUAUGGACGACUCUUGUGCUGCACUGCUAGCUAAGUCCGGGGUGAUCCCAGCACUCAUUGAACUGCUGAACGCUCAGCAAGAAGAUGAUGAAUUUGUGUGUCAGAUAAUUUAUGUCUUCUACCAGAUGGUUUUCCAUCAGGCCACAAGAGAUGUCAUAAUCAAGGAAACACAAGCUCCAGCAUAUCUCAUAGACCUGAUGCAUGAUAAAAACAAUGAAAUCCGGAAAGUCUGUGAUAACACAUUAGAUAUUAUCGCAGAAUAUGAUGAAGAAUGGGCAAAGAAAAUUCAGAGUGAGAAGUUUCGCUGGCAUAACUCUCAGUGGUUGGAGAUGGUAGAGAGUCGUCAAAUGGAUGAGAGCGAGCAGUACUUGUAUGGUGAUGAUCGGAUUGAGCCAUACAUCCAUGAAGGGGACAUUCUUGAACGACCUGACCUUUUCUAUAGCCCAGAUGGAUUGAUUGCCUCUGAAGGAGCUAUAAGUCCAGAUUUCUUCAAUGAUUUUCACCUCCAGAACGGAGAUGUGGUUGGGCAGCACUCAUUUCCAGGCAGCACUUUUCACCCAAGGAUUUCAAAGUGCUUUACAAAUGUGCACUAACUAAGCCUCACUGACAGCCCGAGCCUUGGAAUGGAUGGCUUUGGCCAACCAGUGGGAAUCCUUGGACGUCCUGCUACCGCAUAUGGAUUCCGCCCUGACGAACCUUACUACUACAGCUUUGGGUCUCGAUAAAGUCAGCCCUCCCAUAUGUGCGCUCAGCUUAUGAGACAUCUGUACACUGUGGGUUAACUUUGAAUCUUGACUUAAUAAUGCAUGUUGUACUCCUGUGGGGCUGUGUUGCUUUUUUCUCCACGCUGUUAUCUUCAGGUUAACUCUAACUCUCAUGUCUUCUGUUAAACGCAAUUGAUGCUCCAGUGGUCACUUGUCCAGCCACCUCUUGAGGUGAAUAAUGUUUACCGUGAGAUUGUUGCAGAACUACUAGCCUGGAAAAAUACACACUACAUUAUGUACAUUAAGUGACUAAUUUCGGUUAAAAAGUGGUAUACAUGCAAAGAAAUGAGCCAAAGGCAUGUUUUCAUAUUUACUAUGUUUCAUAGGAACCACUCAUGUACAUGGGAUACACAUACUUUUUUUUUUUUUUGCUUUAUCUUUCUACUUAUAAACUCCUUAAUAUUUCGUGUGAGUUGUGCUACCUUUAAAUUUUAAAUGAACCUCAGCUUUUAUUCCAUGCUAUGUCUGGAAGCUUCUUUCACAAAGUUACUAACUAUCUGAGUUUUUUAACUGAGAGAGAGCAUAUGCUGUAAGUGAUGCUAUCCACUAGUAUCCUCUACUGUAAGUCGGCUUCAUGCCCUAGUAACUGUAGCAGAAUCCCGGGACAACCUCCGGAAACGGAGCAGGGGCAACACUGGGCUUCUAAACCUCGCUUUCCUGAAAUGUACAGUAUCAACUGUGAACAAGCUAAUUAUUUUUUGCCUUACCUAAGAAAAUUAAGGAAAGAACUCUUUCUCUCUUUGUUCACUUAAGAUAGAAGUAGGUAGUGGGAACUGGAGAGUAGCAUAGUGAUUAAUAAUGAGUUUUGAAAAUAAUUCAUUGAUUUUAAAAUAUUAAAAAUUUUACUUGAGAAACCAAGCAAGUGAAAUAAAUAUAAGCAUAGAUUGUUUUUUUUUUUUUUUUUUUGAUCGCCUCCUGCUGAAGGAAACACAAGGCUUCCGAACAACACAGAUAAAAGGUAAGCUUCUGCCUUUAAGUUAGAAUCCGUGACCCAACUAUACUAUUUCCAUAAUCCACAUGCCUAGCACAAAGCGCUAGAGCUCAGAAGGCCCUUGGGACACUUCAGUCCAUCUGCUCAAGAAACCAAACACUUAAAAUUGUAAAUAUAACCAACAGAUAUGUUCUUACCUGAUACAUAUAAGGUAGUGUAUGAUCUGGGAAGUUGUUUAUGUUUGUGAAUUCACAACCUAAUUGAUCGUUCUGAAAGCAUGCAAUUAUUGUCUUUGUUUCCCUUUUAUCCACAAACUAUUAAAGUCAGAAAGGUUUGAAUCAGUACUGUCCAACUCUUAUUUUUACAAUUAAAAAAAAAAUCUGAGGUGAGAGCCAGUGAGAUAGCUAGGUAAGUAAAGUCACUUGCUGUCAAGCCUGAAGAUCUGGGUUCAAGUACCAGAACCCACAUGGUUGAAGGAGAGAGCCAAAUCCUGGAAGUCUGCCCUCUGACCUUCACCUACAGGCUAUGGUAAAUAUUGUAAAACACAAUAUAUGUAAAAUAUAUAUUUCUUUUUAAAAAUGAGAUGAGAUACAGAAUUACUUCCCCACAUUUCUAUAGUUAGUAAAUUAUAUCACCUCUUUUUGUUUUUAAUACAGCACUCCUUGUACAAAUGCUUUCCUAUUGUCUAUCAUGUACCCUGAGUCUAAGUAUAUCUAGGUGACAUUAAUAGAAAAAUAGUGACGUUUACACACUGACUUAGAAGAACAUUCCUGAUAAUUCAUAACGUUUCUAAAUAUCUUAUAUAUUUAUAUUGUUUUAGGACUUCACAGACUUAGAAUUUGUAAUCUUUCUACUCAGGCAUGGGCAGUUUAGCAUCCCUUGGUUAUGAAAGUUUGCCCAUGAGAUUAAUAAUGAAGAAUAUCUAAAUUCUUGUGUAUGUCAGAGCACAAAAAGGGUCAGCACUCAGCACUUCUAGAAAUGCCAUUCAUAAUGUAAGUCAUAUCUUGCCCUCACUAGAUUUUGAUUACAAGUUACAGGCACACUUAAUUUAAUGACAUAUACUAGAAAUUUUCUUAGGGUAUAAAAAUUAAAAUUUCCACAAGCAUCUUUUAAAAAGGAACUGGAGCUAUAGCUGAGUGGCUCAGCACUCUCUUAGCAUGUAUGCAACCUGGGUUGUAUCUGUAACACCUCAAAUAAAAUUAUUAAAUUUUAAAUUAGCCUGGGGAAAAAAAAAACAUAAAAUACUUCAAAGAACAAACUGCCUUCAGUCUUAAUAAGUGGCUAACAAGAACAGGGUCUGAACUAUAGACUUGCUUGUUUUUCUUGCGGGAUGGAUGAAUUCAGAACUCAAAAAUAAUUCUGGUGCAGUUGAAGGCCUCUCUGAUGAUGACUGGAUAAGGCAUUGCUCUGUUCUGACUGGUCCCAUUCACUUUCCAUAACAAAAGUAUCACACUUCAAAUAAUGAAAAGUUAGCCAGAGGCUAAAUGGACCCUAGGUCUGAAAUCCUGUGAUCAUGAUGUGCAGUUCUGUUACUGUUGUCAACAUCAUCAUCACUAAUCACUAUUACACUGAAAUAAGAAUUCAUACUGUAGUCCGGGAUAGCCUGGAAUUUACUAAGUAACAAGAGCGUUUCCCACACAGAGAUCCUCUAGCCUCAACUUCUCGAGUGCUGUGAUUGUAGGUGUGAGCCAGUAAUCCUGGCUUCAGUGGAUUCUUAAACCAGUUUUGUUCCUGGGGGAGGGUAGAAAGUGGAGAUUGUAUAAUGUUCCAAACCAGCUGCUUGUAUAAAACAUGUCAGUUUCCUAGGACUGCAGUAAAUGUUCACUAAACAACUGGCUGGUGUCAGACAUUAGAACUAGGUUUUGUGGAAGCCACGUCUGUGGAAACUAACAGUCCAGAAUCUCAGUACCAGCAGUGCCAUGUUUUCUGUGACAUUUGUAAGGUUUCUAGCUUCUGGUGUUUGCUGACAGGCACUGGCACCCCCUGUCUCAUAGAUGUAGCCUCCUACACCACGGCUGGCUUCUGCUUCUGUGUCUUUAUGCCUUUUUCUCCCUGCAUGUUUCUGUAUCCAGUUGUCUCACACCAGGACAGCAAUCAUUGCAUUAGGCCCACUCUAAUAACCUCAUUAACUUGAUUACCUUUGUAAAGACUAUUUCCAAAUAAGAUCACCUUUGGAGGUAUUCCUGUCUAAGACUGCAACAUAUAUUUGGGAAACAUAGUUCAACCUACAACAACAUGUAUAUGUGUAGUAUGGAGAUAAACUUACCCAUUAUUCCAAGGACUCUAAGAUAGUAGAAAGUAGAAAGCACAAAUUGUUUUUCUGGUUUUCCAAGAGACAUAGAACAAAAGGACAAAGUUGGGUGGAUGGGGAAGAAAGGUGGAUCUUUUGCGGGGAGGGGUGGUCAACAUGAUCAAAAUACACUGAGAUUCUCAAAGAACUAAAAAAUUUUGAAGACAUAUACAGAGGACAAAAUAAAGAGAAUUUUCUUAUCAGAAACUAUGAAAAAGAAUAAACUGUCAACCUAGAAUUUUA